CCACCCAAGAACGCGUCGAGACUCCCCGCCCGCCCGUAUCAGCUCCCCAUCGUCAAUUUUUACAUCAUCCGCGCGCGUAUAAGAUCUACGCACACGCCAUGCUCUUUCGCUCUCUUUUUUCCUCCUUGCACCAUGGCUACUGCAGCGGUCCUCUCCACGCCUCCGGCUUUCGACAAGCUCGAUGAGCCCGUCCAGCCUGCAACCAACGGGACCAAUGCGGAUGCGGUCAAAUCCUCGCAGCUGCCCCCUGCUCCGAAACCCGAACUUCCCACCCUCGACCGUCUCGGCGCAUCGCUCCAGUCCGACGUCGACAUCCAGGCUGUUGCUGCCGCAUGGUACCGCACCUUCGCUCAGCACGUCUCUGCAGGCGACAUCGACGGCAUCCUCUCGCUGUUCAUCGACGACGGCUGGUGGCGCGAUCUGCUCGCACUGACCUGGGAGUUCCGCACGUUCCACGGGGUGCCGCAGAUCCGGCAGUUCCUGAGUGACCAGCUUGUCGCACGCAAGUUUGCGCCCAGUGCGGCAGCGCGUGAUGUCGUGCUGAAGCAGCCGUAUCCGGACCUGGCAUGGAUCCAGGCGUUCUUCGACUUUGAGACGGACACUGGGAUCGGGUCGGGCGUGUUCCGCCUUGUGCCGACAGCGGACGGGACGUGGAAGGCGUUUACUGUGUACACGAACCUGGAGGACCUGAAGGGGUUCCCUGAGAAGACGGGCUUGAAUCGGGAGUUCCUGCCUAACCACGGGAAGUGGAAGGACCAGCGUGCGCAGGAGCGCGCGUACGCGGACCGCGACCCUGCAGUGAUCAUCAUUGGAGGCGGGCAGAGUGGGCUGGAUAUUGCGGCGCGGUUGAAGCUGCUUGGGGUGGAUGCGCUUAUUGUUGAGCAGCAAGAUCGCAUUGGGAAUCAGUGGAGGUAUCGGUAUGAGGCACUGUGCCUGCAUGACCCCGUAUGGUAUGAUCAUAUGCCUUACAUGCCCUUCCCUCCGUCCUGGCCAGUGUACACCCCAGCACAAAAGCUCGCGGACUGGCUGGAGUACUAUGCCGAGGCCAUGGAGCUGAACGUGUGGACGUCGACGACCGCGACGCGCGUAGAGCAGACCAAGGACGGCAAGUGGGUGGUCGCUGUGCGCAAGGCCGACGGGACGGAGCGCGUAUUCCACAUCGACCAUGUCAUACUCGCGCUCGGUCUCGGCGGCGGCGUGCCGCAUAUACCAACACUCCCCAACCAGGAUGAGUUCCAGGGCCAGAUUUUGCACUCGACACAGCACAAGUCCGGGCGGGACCACAUCGGGAAGAAAGUGGCGGUCAUUGGUGCUGGGACUUCCGCUCACGAUGUCUCUUCGGACUAUGUCGACCAUGGUGUUGACGUCACCCUCUAUCAGCGCGGCCCAACAUACAUCAUGACCACAAAGGAGGGCAUGCCGCGCGUAUUCAAGGACACCUACUGGGAAGGCGCUGGUCCGGUGGACGUCGCAGAUCGCGUGCACACGUCGAUGCCGAUCUUCAUGGUGAAGGAGAUCCACAAGCGGAUUACGGCUGAGAUCGCGGAGGCUGACAAGGAGCUCCUCGAGGGCCUCAAGAAGGUCGGGUUCAAGUACAACCUCGGGCACGAGGGCUCGGGAUUCCUCUGGCUCGCGCAGACCCGUGGGGGCGGGUACUACCUUGACGUCGGGACGAGCAAGAAGAUCAUUGACGGGCGGAUCAAGUUGACGGGCGACAGCAAGCUCGCGGGAUUCACGAAGACAGGGUUGAAGUUCGAGGACGGGAGCGAGCUGCAGGCGGACGUCGUGCUCUUCGCGACCGGGUUCGAGGGCGCCGAGAAGUCGAUUCGUAAGCUCCUCGGCGACGAGCUAACGAGCAAGCUAGGGCCGAUCUGGGACCUGAACGAGGAGGGCGAGGAGCGUGGAGCCUGGCGGUGGCUUGGUCUACCGAACCUGUGGUUUAUGAUGGGCAACUUGUCGAUGUGCCGCUUCCAUUCGAAACACCUUGCCCUUCAGAUCAAGGCAAAGCAGGAGGGCGUGUACGGUACUCGCUAUGCGCCUUGAUGUCGUUGUUUUACGUGUUCGUGCUAGGUGUCGUGUUCUCCUGUGGUAUCAUAGAUGUUGUAUUUUGUGUAGAAAUAAAGAUGAAUUGACGCGCUCGCGUUGACGCAA